AAACACAAAACACAGAGAAAGAACAUUUUCAAAAACAGAGCUUUCCUCACCCACCGAGAAGACAAGAAGAUAUGGAAGAAGUGAAGAAAAUCUUGGACGAAAGUCCAGACGACGUCACCGAGCGUAUCCUCGCAAUCACCCGGAGAUGUUAUUACCCGAACCUCUCUCUCGCCUCCAAGAACUUCAACCGUAUUCUUGGUACUCCGGGAAUCUACCACUUACGCUCCGCCCUCGGCGUCACCGAACCCAUUCUCUACGCCUCCAUCGGUUUCCCUCCUUCCGAAAGCGCUAGUUGGUUCAUUCUACACCAAGAAAAGGUUUCUUUACGCCUACGCAAGAUCCUAUCACUCCCUUCGAGGCUUCUGAUUGCGGUCGCCACAGUCGGAACAGAUAUGUACGUACUCGGCGGAAGCGUCAGUGGGAAACCCACGUCGGACGUGAAUCUCAUUGACUGCAGAUUCCACACCAGUCGCUCUCUCCCGAGCAUGAAAAGAGCUCGCAGCGGCGCCGUCGCCGGAGCCAUCGACGGCAAGAUAUACGUUAUCGGAGGUUGUACGAAAGAGUCCGACUUUAUCGGAGGUUGUAUCGAAUCGUUUGAUGUAGAGACUCAGUCUUGGCGUGACAUGCCUUGGGUGUUGCCACGUGUCCAUUGUCAAGGAAAGUUCGUGACAAGUGCUGUGAUGGACGACAAGAUCUUUGUUUUGGGUACCAAAUGUUUGGUUUUCGAUCCCAAUGUAGGUGCUUUGGUUCAAUGGGACGAUGGAGGUGAGCUUAAGAAACUGUGGCAAGCCUCCUCUUGUGUGAUUGAUGAUAGGUUGUAUACGAUUGAUCUUGGGCGGUCUCUUAAGCACCCCAUCAUCGUGUAUGAUCCAAAGGCAGAGGAGAAGAGGUGGAGACCCGUUUAUGGUGUUAACUUGAGUAGGGAUUUGCGCCCUCUUAUUGCUUAUUAUGACUCCAAAAUGGCGAAUUUUGGUGGGAAGCUGUUGAUACUUGUUGGUGGUAUCGCCAUGCCUGAUUCUCAUUGCGAGGACGAACAGGUUUGGUGCGUAAAGAUCGCUUUGGAAAGACACGGAGAUGAGAUUUGGGGGCAUGUGGAAUCAACCGAGCUGGUGCUUGAAUCAAAAAAGUGGCCUUCCAUUGAGCUUUCUCGAACUGUCACUCUUUGAUGAUAGCUGCUUAAGAUGGGUGUGGUUAACCUCUUACAGGUGAAGGAUCGUCUUGUUCAUGUCUUUUAAGCAGCUUGUUGAUCGAUCGAAGCAAAGUUUCUGUCAUCUCACACCUCAAUUGUAACUCGUCCUUCUUAACCUUUGUGCACAGUGUGAAAACUCUUUACCGAUUUAGCCUUGAUUUUAGCUGCCUUUUGUAAAGUGAUACUUCUGGUUAUUUUUGAAAACUCAGAUACUUCUGCCUUUUGAUAACUCAGAUAUAUAGGCCAUUCCUUCUCUUAUUUUUAGCUGCCUUUUGUAAAGUGAU